UGAUGUGCUCGGACCUGUGGGCUGGGCUGGGUGCUCAUGCACACGCGUGUACAUGUACCUGUCCCUGUGGGAGGGACCAGGUACGUGCAUGUGUGUGUCCAGGUCCCUGUCUGCGUCUGUGUGCCCAGGCAUGUGUAACGGGGCCGGACCUUCCCAUGAUCACCAGCUGACUCACGCUCCCGCCCGCCUGCCUGCACGUGUGAAAUCAUUGCCCAUUUUUAGCUCCCUGAGGUCAUGUGCCAGCAGGGGCUCUUGGGGCCCCGGGAUCCCGCUGCAAGGCUGCCCAGGCUGGGUGUUAGUGGGCGAUGCUGCAGGGUUACCAGGCCUUGUUGGGGGCCCCUGGCUCUCCUGGGCCCCCCAUCCCCUCAUCCCCCCAACUCUGCAAUGUCAGACCGUCACCACAGGCUGGAGUGAGAAGAAUAAGCUGGGCCUCAUAGUGGCAUUGAGGUCCAAGAUGAGCUUCUCCCUCCUCACUGCCACUGGUUAGCUAGGGAGUAGGGGGCUCUUCUCUGAGAGUUAAUAUAUGCAGAUGUAUUAUUAUACUACUAUACAUUGUAGUCCUAAGGGGCCAUGGCCCACCGGCAGUGUCCCCAACACUCCCGGGUCCCCUUAAGUCUGUCUUGCUCCUCCCCUUCCCCCCUCCCCGCACUUGCAGCCCCUGGACCCCAGCAGAGAGAGCUCAGCCCCUGCCACACAUUUGCUCCCGCAGUUCCCAAAUACAGAUGGGGCAUCUGAGGCCUUGGCGGCAGUGACAGGCUGUCCCUGAACUUCUUCCUGCUCCAGAACCGUCUCAGCUCCCCAGUGCCCUGAAGUGCAGGCUGCCCUGCAUGGCAGCCCACCAGUGUGCCCCCACUCUGGGCCUCAGUUUACUUUUCUUUCCCUGAGAACAGUGUUUCUCCUUCCUGGCCAGGUCCCCAACAGGCAUUCCACGCACAUCCCAAGACUGAGAAGGUGGUAACCAAGGCCACCUGAGGGGUGAGGUGUGACUGAAAGGCUUUGCAAAAUUGCCUUCCCUGUGGGUGCCUGAGGUUCCCAAUUAGGAGACUGUGAGGUCCAGGUGAAUGCCGCCCCUCUGUCAGGCGUCUUUCCCUUUUCAUAAAAUCACGAGUUGUCCUCUGAGGCCCUGCUUCUGGGAGAGGGGGUUGCAUUCUGUGGCCUCUUUCUUCCUGUGUCACCAGAGCCCAAGGGAUGCUCCUGUCCUAACAUGUUGGUGCAGGCCUCUUCCUGGACCCCUGAAGAGGCUGCAGGAGCCUAGAACCUCAACACCUCUUGCAGCUCCAGGGGUCAAGCAUUCCUUCAGGACAGGACUUCAACCUGGGGAAGCUUCCCGCCCUGGGGUCUGCAGGAGGCAGGCCCUGCAGGCAGCUCUGGGCGCCUUGCACAGCUCCCAAGCCUAAGGACAGGAGCAGAGUAGGGCUCCGAUGCCAGGCAGGAGCAGAGCCCGGGCAGCCAGGCCUCACUGGCCACCAUGCCGGAGGCACCCGAAGUGCUGGAGGAGACAGUGACAGUGGAGGAGGACCCUGGCACACCCACCUCCCAUGUGUCCAUUGUCACAUCAGAAGACGGCACUACCCGGCGCACUGAGACCAAGGUCACCAAGACAGUCAAGACGGUGACCACACGAACAGUGCGCCAGGUGCCUGUGGGCCCAGACGGCCUCCCCCUGUUGGAUGGCGGCCCCCCACUAGGCCCCUUUGCCGAUGGCCCCCUGGACCGGCACUUCUUGCUGCUCGGGGGAGGCCCGGCAGCCACACUCUCCCGUGCCUACCUCAGCAGCGGGAGCGGCUUUCCCGAAGGCCCCGAGACCCGUGACGUCCCCAGCUAUGGCAGCCUGUCCCGUGGGCUGGGCGUGCGGCCCUCGCAUGGUGGCCCCCUUGGCCCAGGCCCUGGUGAUGGCUGCUUCACACUGCCUGGCCGCUGUGAGGCCUUCCCCAUGGGCCCUGAGCCUGUGCCACCAGCUGGCCGCUCCCAGCCUGAGCGCUUCCAGGCAGAGCCCUAUGGCUUGGAGGAUGACACGCGCAGCCUGGCUGCUGACGACGAGGGUGGCCCGGACCUGGAGCCUGACUAUGGCACCACCAUGAGAAGGAGGCCUGACUGUGGGCGGGGCCUUCGCACCAGGGCCCGUGAGGACGUGGCGGAUGAUGGCGGCGAGCUGAUGGAGGAGCGGCCCCCGUUCCCGGCCAUGACUGCACCCCUCGCCCAGCCAGAACGGGGCAGCCUGGGUAGCCUGGACCGGGUGGUGCGGCACUCACCUUCAGUUGACAGUGCCCGCAAGGAGCCGCGCUGGCGGGACCCGGAGCUGCCUGAGGUUCUGGCCAUGCUGCAGCACCCUGUGGACCCCGUGAAGGCCAACGCGGCCGCCUACCUGCAGCACCUGUGCUUCGAGAACGAGGGUGUCAAGCGUCGUGUGCGGCAGCUGCGGGGGCUGCCUCUGCUUGUGGCCCUGCUGGACCACCCGAGGGCGGAGGUGCGGCGACGGGCCUGCGGGGCUCUGCGGAACCUCUCCUAUGGCCGAGACACCGACAACAAGGCUGCCAUCCGGGACUGCGGCGGCGUGCCCGCCUUGGUGCGCCUGCUGCGGGCCGCUCGAGACAACGAGGUCCGCGAGCUCGUCACAGGCACACUCUGGAACCUGUCAUCUUAUGAGCCCCUGAAGAUGGUCAUCAUUGAUCACGGCUUGCAGACGCUGACCCAUGAGGUCAUUGUGCCCCACUCGGGGUGGGAGCGCGAGCCCAACGAGGACUCUAAGCCACGGGAUGCCGAGUGGACAACUGUCUUCAAGAACACGUCAGGCUGCUUGAGGAACGUGAGCUCGGAUGGUGUGGAAGCCCGGCGGCGGCUCCGGGAGUGUGAAGGGCUGGUGGACGCACUCCUGCACGCCCUGCAGUCGGCCGUGGGCAGGAAGGACACGGACAACAAGUCUGUGGAGAACUGCGUCUGCAUCAUGCGGAACCUGUCCUACCACGUGCAUAAGGAGGUACCCGGGGCUGAAAGGUACCAGGAGGCUGAGCCUGGGCCCCCGGGGAGUGCUGCGGGCCCCCAGCGCCUGAGGCGGGAUGACGCCGGCUGCUUCAGUGGCAAGAAGGCCAAAGGGAAGAAGGAUGGUGAGAUGGACCGGAAAUUUGACACGCUGGACCUGCCCAAGCAAAAUGAGUCCGCCAAAGGCUUUGAGCUGCUGUACCAGCCUGAGGUCGUCCGCCUCUACCUCUCCCUCCUCACCGAGAGCCGUAACUUCAACACCCUGGAGGCCGCUGCAGGCGCCCUGCAGAACCUCAGCGCCGGCAACUGGACGUGGGCCACGUACAUCCGCGCCACGGUGCGCAAGGAGCGCGGGCUGCCGGUGCUCGUGGAGCUGCUGCAGUCCGAGACUGACAAGGUGGUGCGCGCUGUCGCCAUCGCCCUGCGCAACCUCUCGCUGGACCGGCGCAACAAGGACCUCAUCGGGAGCUACGCCAUGGCCGAACUGGUGCAGAACGUGCGCGAUGCGCAGGCUCCGGCGCGAUCCGGGGCCCGCCUGGAAGAGGACACGGUGGUGGCAGUGCUCAACACCAUCCACGAGAUAGUGUCCGACAGCCUGGACAACGCGCGCUCGCUACUGCAGGCCCGUGGCGUGCCCACGCUGGUGGCACUUAGCGCCGCCAGCCAAUCGGUGCGCGAGGCGAAAGCUGCGUCCCACGUGCUGCAGACCGUGUGGAGCUACAAGGAGUUGCGAGGUGCUCUGCAGAAGGAUGGUUGGACCAAGGCGCGCUUCCAGUCAGCUGCUGCUAACGCCAAGGGGCCGAAGGGAGCACCGAGUCCCGGAGGCUUCGAUGACAGCACACUGCCGUUGGUGGACAAGAGCCUUGAGGGUGAGAAGCCAGGCAGCGGGGACGUGAUCCCCAUGGAGGCGCUUGGCCCAGAUGGGUACUCCACCGUGGACCGGAGAGAGCGGAGGGCUCGAGGCAGUGACCCUACAGGGGAGGCCUCUGAGAAGGAACCAUUGAAACCCGACCCCGGGAGGAAGGCCCCUCCUCCUGGGCCCAGCAGGCCGGCGGUCAGGCUGAUGGACGCCGUGGGGGACUCUAGGCCUCAGCCCGUUGACUCCUGGGUCUAGCUUGCAUGCCUGGGCCCGAGCCCAGUCUUCUGUUCUUAGGGACCGGAUCACGAAAAGAAGGGAGCUCCAGGGCCGGCCUGUGCAGACCCUGCCGCAGAGCUGGGAGCCCCCUGGUGGCAGCGGUUGGCGGGGCCUCUGGCCAGGGAGUCAGGGCCGGACAUUCUGGACACGCCCCCUGGCCGCCCCCUCGCUCCCUCCCUCCUAACUCCCUAGGCCUGCUUAGCUGUUUACUGACUUGGUGCUGUGAGUGAGAGAGAGAGAGAGAGGGAGAGAAGGCGGUGG